GACGAGUCGAAAGGAUCGCGUGUGCCGUGCUUCGUCGUGUCGGCUCUAAUCGUAGUGUGCCGUGUGUGUGCGUAUUCCCUUUCCGAUUGCGGUAAAAACAGCCCUCGAAUCGCGUUCGCUACAGCCUCCGAGGGGCCCUAAAACCGGCAGUCCCUUGGACAUCACGUGUGAUGCCAUCAAGUGCAUGUGCCGACCCUUCCGCAGCCGGUGCAUCCAGGGCCAGUCUCGAUUGAUGGCAAAGGCCCUCGCAGGGCCACAUAAGCCGACUACGAAGGGUUGCGACGUAAACCGGCAAGCUGGAACUCAUGGAAUUGGAAAACAUCGUCGCCAACACUGUGUACUUGAAAGCGAGAGAGGGUGGCACAGACAAUAACAAAGGCAAGAGUAAAAAGUGGAGGAAAAUCCUGCAGUUUCCGCACAUUUCCCAGUGUAUCGAGCUCGUCAACAAAAUAGGCAAGU